CGGGGGAUGCCGGGAAGCGAAGUCUCUGAAGCGAUCUUUGCCAAGUGGACGCGGCCGGGGCGUGGGUCCCUGAGGGCGAGGUUUGCAGUCUGUUAGAGUAGAGACGUGUAGAAGUUAUGGAAACAAACUUGUCCUUACUAAGUCUUCUAGAAUGGACGGAUCCCCCCUCACAUCUCCAUGGCUACCCUCUCUCAUGCUAAGGAGAGAGUACUGAAAAAGGGAGAGCACCAGAUGUUGAUUGAUGACAAACCUGUGACCAUUUUCCUGGAAACCAUUAAAAAGCCAUUGGAGGACCUGAGACCCAGACCUCCAUCUUUGACACAGUUGCCAGCUGAGACUCCAAGCUCCAGACCUCCAUCUUUGACACUGUCACCAGCUCAGACACCAAGCUCCAGACCUCCGUCUUUGACACUGUCUCUGGAUGAAGCACUGUCUGAUGAAGAGCCUGCUUCUAACUCUGUUGACUCUGUUGUCCAAAAGGUCUUUCUUGCUGUGACCGCUGAACUGAACUGUGAGGUGCUUUCUAAAGAGCAGAGGGCACGCAUAGCCGCCAUCUGCCCUGGCGUCAGAAGCGUGGAGGGUACUGACGGAAUUGAGAAAGUGUGUGGCAACUUCAAAGACAUUGAGAAGAUACAUCACUUCUUGAGUGUGCAGCUUUUGGAAAGUGAGCAGAAACAGAAGUACCCUCCACAAAAAUAUCUCGCUUCCAAAGUGGAGAGAGAGCCUCCCAACCAGGAAGACUUGGGCAGGGGCUUUACCUCCUCGGAACCAAAAUCCAUAUUAAAAGAUGUUUUUGAAAUUCCCGUGCUUUUCCAUGAAUAUUUCAGACAUGCUUGUCCUGGUAGAAUAGAAUCCAUAGAGAAAGAAUUUGGAGUAAACAUUGAAGUCCAAGAUAGUGCUCCCAAUAUGGUCUCUGUAGCCUUCACCACCAGCCAAUCAGGCAACAUAGAAGCAGCCAGUGAGUCUUUUGUCAGAGACUUUCAGAAAUGCACCCAAGCUCUGAAGCAAGAUUGUAUCUCUUUAGAGGACCCUCAGACAGCAAAGGAACUCGGACUAGAGUUGAAUCGCUGCUUCCCAAACCUCUUGAUAAAGGAACAAGGAAGAAAGCUAACUCUCCUAGGCUCUCUAGCUGACAUUUCGGCUGCCACAGAAAAAGUCUCCCAAACUUCCCUCAAGACGCCUGUGAAAAUAAUGGUGUCUGGUUACAAGACAGGGAUUGAGGUUGACUCCACACACUUCAACCUUCUAAAACCUAAAUUGCUCCAGGAAAUCUCAGAGAUAGAGAGCAGGUAUAAUACUUUGGGAAAAGUCAGCGAGAAAAGCCAGAAAACUGGCAUUCUAUUUGACCCCAAGGAUAAGGAGGUUGACCUGUCCAUGCACUCUUAUGCAAGUUUCACUGAUGCCUUCCAACAUGCCAUGUGCCAGCUAAGAACAGAAGUCCUGUCACUGAAAUAUUUGGGAAAGGAGAAAGCUCACUUACACAAGACCAAGUUUGUCGAUGACUUAAAGAAAAGUCACCCAAAUGUACACUUUGUGAUAUCUCGAGAGUCAAUGACUUUGAUUGGUUUGCCAAUUCAGCUUGCACAGGCAAAGCACUAUGUCUUCAAAAGAAUGGGACUGUCCCCAUGGUCUGGAGAGAAAUUAAAUGUGGAUGAUGAAACACCCAUGGAUAUCGACGGAAAUGACUCAAAUGCGGCUUUACCUCCUCUCAGAGGCUCUGCUGAUAGCUCUGGGGCCUUGAAGGUGAAGGAGAAGGAAGACUACUGUGUCAUCUGCAUGGAUACCAUUAGCAACAAGCGUGUGCUGUCUAAGUGCAAGCAUGAAUUCUGCACUGCUUGCAUCACCAAAGCUAUGUCAUUGAAGCCUGUCUGUCCUGUGUGUCAGACUUCCUAUGGUAUCCAGAGAGGGAACCAGCCAGAUGGAGGAAACAUGACUUAUGACACUUUAAGACAGUCACUUCCAGGUUAUGAAGGCUGUGGCACGAUUGUGAUUCACUAUGAUAUAAAAGGUGGCAUCCAAACAAAUGAGCACCCAAACCCAGGAAAGUCCUAUCCUGGAACACAUCGAACUGCAUACUUGCCUGAUAAUAAGGAGGGAAGAGAGGUCUUGAAUCUGCUCCGAGAAGCCUUUCAAAAGAAGCUGAUUUUCACAAUAGGGAACUCUCGAGCAACAGGAGCCUCAGACGUCAUUACAUGGAAUGAUAUCCAUCACAAAACAUCCACAUUUGGAGGACCAGAACAUUUUGGCUACCCUGAUCCUGAUUACCUGAAACGUGUCAAGGAGGAGCUGAAAGCAAAAGGAAUUGAGUAAUGAAAGUGCUGGGAAGAUCUAUCCACUUUCAAAAGAAGUGUGUAUAUUAGCACAGGCCUAAAUCUUUUUGUAGAAAAACUGUAGCAUUUUCCAUGUUAAGUAGAUGUAGUUUCUAUAAAAGCAGAAGUCUGCUUGCCAGUCAUUUCUAGAGUGUUACUCUUUCAUGGAAGACAAAAUAUAAAGGGUAUGGGCUGGGGGGGACCAUCUGUAAAGUGUAAAAACAUGAGCUCAGAUCUGUAGCAGCCAUGUAAAAGUUGGUGUGAUGGCAUAUGCUUGUAAUCUUAGAACGGGUGAGUGGAGACAGGAGGAUUCUUAGAGCCUACUGACUAGUUAGUCUAGCCAAAAGGAAAACCAUGAGCUCCAGGUUCACUGAGAGACCUUGUCCCAAGAAAUCGGAUGAGGCAUGGUGGCACACGCCUUUAAUGCCAGUACUCGGGAGGCAGAGGCAGGCAAUCUCUGUGAGUUCUAGGUCAGUCUGGUCUACAUAGUGAGACUCUGUCUCAAAGCAAAGGAAACAGAUAUUGGGUAGACAGAAAUAAAGACAUCUAACAUCACCCUCUGACCUCCCCUAUGCACCUAUACACACAUGUGCACAUGUGAGUGCACACAUACAGAGAGACACACAGAGAAAAGUUUUAGAAAAGAUAAAGACAGAGGAUUUCAAAUGUUGCUGAGGAAAUCUGAUCUCAUUCUUGGGUUGCUGACUAGCAUGAAAUCAUCUUCUGUAUCUUUCCCUUGAACCAUUGGCAACUAACUGAACCUCUCUUGUCAUUAGUUUUGCUUGAGACAGGGUCUCUCUAUGUACCUCUUGAAUUCGCUUCGUGGGCCAGAUUGGUCUUGAAUUUAAAUCUGCCUGCUUCAGUCUCCUGAGUGCUGGGAUUAAAGAUACAUGCUGCUU